AUGGCGCAUGAUGGGAUCCUGACCAACAACAAGAUCCAGGAGCUGAAGAAUGGUUCUUUCUUGGGCCUGUCCCUGCUGGAGAGACUGGACCUGUCCAAGAACCUGAUUGGCUGCUUAAAUGGAGACAUUUUCAGAGGCCUAAGACACCUGACAGGAAAUGUGUUCUCCUCCCUGUCCGAGGGGACUUUUGACAGCCUCACGUCUCUCAAGACGCUUGAGUUCCAGACUCCACACCUGCUGUGUGACUGUAACCUGGCCUGGCUGCUCCGCUGGGUGAAGGAGAGGGGCGUGGCCGUGAAGGACACACACUGUUUCUACCCCCGAUCCCUACAAGACCCCCUCAUCACCUCACUCAAGCCUGAAACACUCACCUGUGACCUGCCUCUGGAGCUGCCCUCGUUCCAGAUGAGCCCGUCCCAGCAGCAGGUGGUGUUCCAGGGGGACUCGCUGCCCCUGCAGUGCCACGCCUCGCUGGUGUCCGCCGACAUGCAUCUCCUCUGGUACCAGAACGGGCAGAGGGUCGAGCCCAACGCCACCAUGGGAAUCUACAUAGAGAAGAGCAGCGUACACAACUGCUCCCUCAUCGCCAGUGCCCUGACCAUCUCUAAUGUGCAGCUGGGUUCUGCGGGGAGCUGGGAGUGUCGCGUGCGCACGAGUCGGGGGAACACCACGCGCACCGUCAACAUCAUGGUUCUGGACGGUUCCGCCAUGUACUGCCCCCCGGACCGGGUCUCCAACAACAAGGGGGAGUUCAGGUGGGCGCGUACGUUGGGGGGCAUCACAGCAUCUCUGCCCUGCGGGCGGCCCAAGGGGGGCGGGGCGGGCAUCUACCUGGGCUCCCCCGUGGACGAGAGCCGGGCGUGGAGGCGCUGUGACCGGGCCGGGGCGUGGGGCGAGGGGGACUACUCACGCUGCCCCUUCGAGAAGGACGUCACCCGCAUCCUGUACAUCAUCAACCAGAUGCCGUUGAACCUGACCAAUGCCGUGUCUACGGCCCGACAGCUUCAGGUGUACACCGAGGAGGCGGCCAACUUCUCAGACAAGAUGGAUGUCAUCUUUGUGGCCGAGAUGAUCGAGAAGUUUGGCAAGUUUGCAGAGAAGUACAAAGAGCUGGGGGAUGUGAUGGUUGAUAUCUCCAGUAACCUGAUGAUGGUCGAGGAGCGGGUGCUCUGGUUGGCCCAGAGGGAGGCGAGGGCGUGUUCUCGUAUCGUGGAGAGUCUACAGAAGAUCGCUGCUCUCCGAUUGGCCAACGGGGCUCAGGCCUACUCUACGAUGUCCCAUAACAUAGCCCUGGAGGCUCACGUGCUGAAGGCAAGUGGCUUCAAUGGAAUGACGUGCACACUCUUCCAGAAGGCCACGCCCGACCGCACACAACUCAGCUUCAAGUGCAACGUCACCAGCACGCUCUCCACACUGGCACUCAAGAACACUGUAGUGGAGGCGUCUCUCCAGCUGCCUCCCUCCCUCCUCUUCUCCCUGGGAGCCAGCCAAUCAGAUGAGCCCGUCUACAAGCUCCACCUCCUGGCCUUCCGCAAUGGGAAGCUGUUCCCGCCCACCGGGAACUCCACCCACAUGGCUGACGCGGGGAAGAGACGGAGCGUCGCCACGCCCGUGCUGCUCACCAGGAUCGAUGGAGCUCCAGUGCGCCCUCUACUGGGCGCGGUGAACGUUACCCUGCGGCGCUUCACUCACGGUUCCGACGCCACGCCAGGCCUCUGGAACUUCAGUCUGCAGGGCGGGCAGGGGGCGUGGCAGACCGAGGGCUGCCGCGCGAGUCACCAUGACGACAACUUUACCACCCUCUCCUGCGAUGUUCUCGGCAACUACGCCCUACUGAUGGACCUGAGGAGAGUAGAGGACAUUCCCUACACGUUCGUUCCUCUCCAUCCAGUCAUCUACGCCACGGCCGUCGUGCUGCUGCUGUGUCUGCUGGUCAUCAUGGGGAGUUACAUCUACCACCACAGGCGUGUGUGUGUGAGCCGUAAGUGUUGGCACAUGCUGGUGAACCUGUGUCUCCACAUCUUCCUCACCUGCGCCACCUUCAUCGGGGGCAUCAACCAGACCCGCUACGUCAGCGCCUGCCAGGCUGUGGGUAUUGUCCUUCACUACUCCACGCUGGCCACUGCUCUGUGGUCAGGAGUGACGGCCAGGAACAUCUACAAGCAGGCGACCCGUAAGGCCAAACGCUACGAGGAGCUGGACGAGCCCCCGCCACCCCCCAGACCCAUGCUCAGGUUCUACCUGAUUGGAGGGGGGAUCCCCAUCAUCGUGUGUGGCAUCACUGCAGCUGCCAACAUCAAGAACUACGGCAGCCAGACCAGCGCCCCCUACUGCUGGAUGGCGUGGGAGCCCAGUCUAGGAGCGUUCUUCGGCCCGCUGGCGUUCAUCGUCUUCGUGGACUGCGUGUACUUCCUGUUGAUCGUGCUGCAGCUCCUCCGCCACCCCGAGCGCCGCUACGAGCUCAAGGAACCCAGCACUGAGGAGCAGCAGCACCUGGCUGCCAUGGAGACGACCUCCGACCCCCCCGCCUCGCCCCCCCCCGCCGUCCUGGAGAACGAGCACAGCUUCUGGGCGCAGCUGCUGGGGGUGGGCGUCACCCUGGGGCUCUACCUCGCGCUGUGGGCCUGCGGGGGCGUGGCCGUGUCCCAGGACCCCUCCCCCGUGGGGCUGGCCUUCGCGUGCCUGUUUGGGGGCGUGGCCCUGGCCCUCGCCGCCUUCCUGCUCUCGCACCACGGCGCCAACCGCCGCGACCUCCGACCCCUGUGGGCCCGAUCCUGCUCCUGCCCCGAGCGGCCGUGCGACCCCCCCCCCCUCCACACGCUCACGCUGCCGCCGGGGGCCACCGUCCCCGCGGCAACGCCGGCAUCCAGAGGACACGUGGAGGGGGGGAAGUGUGGCCCCGCCCACAGCAGCGCGGAGUCCUGCUGCACCAAUAGGAGCGCUCCGAGUCUGCGCCCGUCAGCCAAUCAGAGCGCUCCGAGUCUGCGCCCGUCAGCCAAGCUGACCAAUCUGCAGGUGGAGGCGGCCCAGUGUAGGGCAGCGCCUCUCCACGCCCCGCCCACCACCACCGCCACGCCCAACGCCGGCGCCCUAUUGGACAACAGCCUGACGGAACACUCGCUGGACAACGACAUCAAGAUGCACGUGCUGCCCCUGGAGCUCCAGUUCCGCUCCGUCGCCCCGAGCAACGUCGCCGCGCAGGUCUCCCAGGCGGGGGCGGUGCCGGGGGCGGUGGUGGGCGUGUCUAACGGGCACGCGGGCGCCGUGUCGCGGCACCAUAAGAACCGAGCGCGUGCGCAGCGGGCCAGCCGGCUGACGGUGCUGCGGGAGUACGCCUACGACGUGCCGACCAGCGUGGAGGGGGGCAGCGUGCAGAGCGCCCCCCAGAGGCAGCGCGGGGGAGGAGGCCACCAGACGACGCGGGCCAGCCGGCGCGCCGCCUACAUGGCCUACCGCGAGCGCCACAUGGGCCAGCAGGACAGCAGCGACGCCAGCACCAGCCUGCCCCGCCGACCGCGCCACGCCCACGCCCACGCCCACGGCAAGCAGCCCAACUCACACAGCCUCCCGCUGCCUGCCACCACGGCCAACACACUCACCAGCAACCUCACACACACACACUCCAGCAGCCUGUCGGCAGGACUGGGCAGUGGGGUCGGUCUGGGUGCCAACCUCGGCAGUGGUGUGGGUCUGGGUUCUCUGGGUUCUCACGUGGGCAGUGGUGUCGCUCUGGGUCCUAACCUCGGCAGCGUGGUCACUCUGGGUUCUACACUGGGCAGUGGUCUGGGUCUGGGUUCUAACCUCGGCAGCGAGGUCGUUGCUAAUGUGGGGAACGGAGAAGUUCUAGAUUCUAACUUUGGCAGUGAAGUUGGUGUCGGCCCGGGUUCUGCACUGGGGAGUGGACUGGGUGCUGGUGUGGUGGGGAACGGAGUGGGUUCUGCGUCACUGAGUAACGGUACGGGCGAGGGACACACCCCCCCUAAAGACUGCGUGAGGCACACACCCCCUCCUCCUCUUCCUCUUCCUCUUCCUCUCCCUCUGGAGCUGGAGGCCCGACCCAAAGCCCAGAGCUACGGGCUGAACCUGGCCAGCGCCACCGGGGGCCUCCUGCAGCAGAAGGACACUGGGCUCCUGGUCCUACAGGGGCCCGUCAUCUCACUGGGGCCCCCCGACCGCUCCGCCUCCAGCACCAUCAGAACUGGACUCUGGAAACACGAGACCACGGUGUAGCCAAUGAGCAGCCAGCGUUUCCUCUGUACACCAGGCAGGCUGCCCCACAGCAGCCAAUGAGCAGCCAGCGUUUUUCCUCUGUUCACCAGGCAGACUGCCCCACAGCAGCCAAUGAGCAGCGAGCGUUUCCUCUGUUACUAGGCAGACUUCCCACAGCAGCAGCCAAUGAGCAGCGAGCGUUUCCUCUGUUACUAGGCAGACUGCCACAAAUGUGAAACAGACAAGAAGACUGAAAGAGUUGUGCUUCUGUGAUAUGUUAUUGUUUAUUUUAGAAUUAUCUGUUUUUGUUAAGAAAUAGUUGCGUAAACACUUGUGUAUUGGUCACUGGUUCCAGGGUCUGGAUGGUGUGAACUUUGAACUUUGAACUUUGAGAGGACAGUCCACUCCAGACCUGAUUCUGGUUCUGUGCCAUGUAAGCCUCAUUGUCAGCUGCAGUUUUCUAUGUGAAGAUGACCUGAGCUUUUACACAAUAAACCAGAGUGUUUUAUCA